AUGUCUCAUACUAAAAGUCUCAGCCUGACUCAAAAUAUGAGACUCACCAACGAUGAAGGCCCUUCCUCAUCUCAAUUCGGUUCUAACGAUUUCGCUCAAUACUUGCUCCGUAUUGGUGAAGGAUCUGACCAACAUCAAUUCGGUGAUACUCUGGCCAUUGACCCCCAUUUGGAUUGUAGUUACAGCGAGAUUAUUGAAAUUGCUUUUGGUGAUGUAUCUACUCUCCCGUUCGUUUAA